AUGGCUGUACAUUUAGGACCGUAUCGUAUUCUAUGGGCUUCUGUGUAUACAAACUAUCCGGAAUGGAUCUCUCAAAUGCUCAUUGUGAACGCGCCGUCGUUUAUAAGCCUCUUAUGGAAGACGAUUGCUCCAUUAAUUCCGGAAAGAACUCGAAGUAAAGUGAAAAUCUGCAGAACUAACAGUGAUUGGAAAAGUUUGGUACAAAAGUAUGCUAAGGCCGAAAACAUUCCCACAUACUGGGGAGGCAAACUUGUCGAUUCUAAUGGUGAUGGAAUGUGUCGCGAUCGCCUGAGUAUCCCACUCGAUCCGAUUCCUCAAGACCUCUAUUGGACCCCAGAUAAGAAUGCACCCAAUCUCGACGAGCUCAGCUGUGCUGUCAUCCCAGCGGGAAAGAUGAAGAUCGUCACCUUCGUUGUCUCCGACCACGAGCCGACCUAUAUAAUUAUCAACAGAUUCUGCGAUCGAACAUACGGUAUGGGCAUUUGGUACAACUGGUUCCCGGACUUUGACUAUCCUGGAAUGCCAACUGUCGACUACUUGCGAAUCAAAACCCUCGGGGAAGGUGUGUACAAGGUGAAAUUCGGCAACGAACAAGCUUGGAUUCGGUCGCUGAAUAUCCACUAUAGGAUUCAAUUCGAAAAAGAGAAUGGCGAGAGAGCCGAUUUCAAAGAGUUAGAGUAA